AUGCCUCGAAAACAUGCGCGAGCACAGCGAGGUGCAUCCAACCUCAACAAUGACACUGCGGCUAGUAAGGAGCGGCAUGUUCAACAGUCGGAUAGCGAUACAGACGAAGCUGGCAGCACAAACAGCCUGGUAGCGUACAAGGACGCUGUCAAUCUACCUGCUCAUCAAACCAAGCAUCUCGCCGAGCUAGUCUAUCGCUUUCCCUCUAUCGACACCUCUUUUAGGUUGAUGCAGCGCAAUUAUACCAAUAGCACAGGGUCCUCGCUAUGGCUAUCAUCGCAGAUACUCUCAUCUUAUCUGCUGCAUAACUACGCAGUGACGCACCAUAAGAGCAGCGCAAGAUCAACACGGAAAAGAGUGCUCGAGCUGGGGUCUGGCACAGGCUUGCUCUCGCUUCUGAUGGCAAGGCUCGGUUGGCAGGUGGUCGCAACUGAUAUUCCGCCUGUGCUCGACUCUGUGCUCAGACCCAAUAUCGAAAUUGGACUCUAUCAGCUCUUCAACUCGGGUGCGGUAGCAGCAGAUCAGGUACAUGUAUGCGAGCUCGAUUGGACCAUUCCCUCUGAAUACUGGCAGUGGCACUCGGAAUUCGGUCUUCCGAGCACAUCCAAGCAACCUCCACUAGAACCGUCCAGUUCGGUGUCGAACCAGCAAAGCUUUGAUCUGAUCAUGACAGCAGACACAAUCUAUGAGCCAUCGCUUGUGCAUCCAUUGCUGUCCACCAUCUCUCACCUUUACCGACCUCAAGAGGAUUCCCACCCCACAGUGUUGCUCGCCUUGGAACGAAGAGAUCCGUCGCACAUCACGGAAGCCCUCCGCAUUGCAAGCCAAGAAUUUUCGCUUGCAUUCAAGCAGGUCCCCGCAAAACGCAUUCGCAAGAUUUUUGACUCGCUCGGUGACGGAUCAAAGUGGUCCCGAGACGACUGGGAAGGAAUCGAGAUUUGGAAGCUUUAG